AUGACCCUCGCCGCGGCGGUAGCGGUGGAGCCGCCCGCGUUCGGGCCCGUCGAGACGGGACCGGUCGACUCGCCGCCGGCCGCGCUGGCGCCGCCGGAGCCGAGCCGCGGCGUGCACGGCGACGUCGACGCCGCGGAGGACGGCGGCGCGGCGCCGUCGGAGCGGCGGGCGUCGCGGUUCCGCCGGAUCUGCGUCUACUGCGGCAGCGCCAAGGGCCGCAAGGCCAGCUACCAGGACGCCGCCGUCGAGCUCGGCAAGGAGCUGGUGGAGAGGGGCAUAGACCUUGUCUACGGGGGCGGCUCCAUCGGCCUCAUGGGGCUCGUCUCCCACGCCGUCCACGACGGAGGCCGACAUGUGAUUGGGAUCAUCCCCAAGUCACUCAUGCCCAGAGAGGUAACUGGGGACCCUGUAGGGGAAGUUAGAGCUGUUUCUGGCAUGCAUGAGAGAAAGGCGGAAAUGGCUCGCUAUGCUGAUGCUUUUAUUGCUUUACCGGGUGGCUAUGGAACUUUGGAGGAGUUGCUUGAAGUUAUCACGUGGGCACAAUUAGGAAUACAUAAGAAGCCGGUCGGUCUACUGAACGUUGACGGGUUCUACGACCCUCUGCUGUCAUUUAUCGACUUGGCCGUCAGUGAAGGCUUCAUCACUGAGGAGGCGAGACAGAUCAUCAUCUCAGCUCCGACAGUCAAGGAACUAGUUAUGAAGCUGGAGGAUUAUGUCCCUGAGUAUAACAUCGGCUUGGUCUGGGAGGACCAGACCCAGAAGCCAGGCAACAACCUGGUCCCAGAGCUGGAGACCGCGAUCACUUCGUCCUGAUCUACGAUCUAUAUAGGACCAACAUGCGCCGUGAUAGCAGUGCAGAAAAUAUUUAUAAGUCCUAACCAACCAAAGGGUAACAAGUUGCAGACUAGUUUGGGUGUUUUGUUUUGUUAGCGCUGAUCUCUCAUACGCUGUCACUGUGGAUGAUUGUUUCGGGUGGCAGCCAUGAUUAAUUUAGUGGUAACUUCAACUUGUAUGGAUGGACAAGCAGCAAGCCUGUAGAUCUUGC